AUGGCCUCGACAUUGAUCCCUCGCAAGUCGCGUACAGCAGAGGAAGAGCGCGAUGCUGAGCCCGGAUGGCUCAAGCGUCAGGUCACCAGCGGGCUGCAGUUCAUCUCCCGCCGCGCCUGUCUUCACCCAAUUCAUACCAUUGUUGUUAUUGCUCUCCUGGCCAGCACGACCUAUGUUGGUCUGCUUGAGGGAAGUCUGUUCGACUCCUUCAAGAACCCGAGAAAUGUACCCGGUCAAGUCGAUGUGGACACUCUCCUGAGAGGUAGUAGAAAUCUACGACUUGGAGAAAGCACCUCGUGGAAGUGGCAAGUUGAAGAUGUUCCCACCGCCGACGUCUCAGAAUCUGCCCAGCACAUGGCUCUGGCUACUUUUAUCUUCCCCGACUCGGUUUCUAAGUCAGUAUCGACUGCUCCUCUUGUCGACGAGGUUCCAAUCCCUUCGAAUACCUCUGCGCAGCGGCUUCCCCAUACGCCAAACCUCUUCUCACCAUUCUCUCACGACUCGUCUCUUGUGUUCACUCUUCCUUUUGAGCAGGUCUCCGAUUUCUUGAAGGCCGUGCAAGAGAUCCCCGAACCCUCGGCUGUUGCUGAAGAAGGCGAGCAAAAGAAGUGGAUCAUGCGGGCAGCUCGUGGCCCGGCUUAUGGAUCUGCUGGGGCCCUCAAGCUCUGGUUUGCAGACGCCUGGAGUUCCUUCGUUGAUCUCAUCAAGCACGCUGAGACGAUCGACAUCGUCAUCAUGACCUUGGGUUACCUCUCUAUGCACCUCAGCUUUGUUUCUCUCUUUUUCUCUAUGCGCCGUCUGGGAUCGAACUUUUGGUUGGCCACUACUGUUCUCUUCUCUGGCGCUUUCGCCUUUUUGUUCGGACUUCUGGUCACAACAAAGCUUGGAGUACCUAUCAACAUGCUCUUGUUGUCCGAGGGCCUUCCCUUCCUUGUCGUGACUAUUGGUUUCGAGAAGUCGAUUAUUCUCACUCGCGCCGUUCUGAGCGCUUCCGUGGAUAGGAAGCAAGGUGCUCGGGCUGGCAACACCCCGAGAUCCAUCCAGGAGUCAAUUCAAACUGCUAUCAAGGAGCAGGGCUUUGAGAUCGUUCGCGAUUAUUGCAUUGAGAUUGCCAUUCUUGCCGCUGGUGCGGCUUCUGGCGUCCAGGGUGGUUUGAGGCAGUUUUGCUUCCUUGCGGCUUGGAUCCUGUUUUUCGACUGCCUCUUGCUGUUCACCUUCUACACCACAAUUCUCUGCAUCAAGCUCGAGAUCACCCGUAUCAGACGCCAUGUUGCGCUCCGUAAGGCUCUCGAGGAAGACGGAAUCACUGGGCGUGUGGCUGAGAACGUGGCCUCCAACAACGACUGGCCUAGAGCUGGAUCGGAAUACAACGGCAACAGCGAGGCCAGCAUCUUUGGCAAGAAGUUCAAGUCCGGUAAUGUGCGACUGUUCAAGAUCCUCAUGGUCAGUGGUUUCAUCCUGAUUAACGUGGUGAACCUGUCGGCGAUUCCUUUCCGGGAUUCGGCUAGCAUUCCCCUUCUGUCGCGCGUGUCCAAUGUUCUGGCCCCCACUCCCAUUGAUCCCUUCAGGGUGGCUGAGAAUGGUCUUGACUCUAUCUACGUGGCCGCCAAGAGCCAGAUGCAGGAGACCGUUGUGACUGUCAUUCCUCCGAUCAAGUACAAGUUGGAGUAUCCCUCUGUCCACUACGCUGCUCUCGAAGAGGGUGCAGGAUUUGAGAUUGAGUACACUGACCAGUUCCUGGAUGCUGUCGGUGGGCGCGUGAUUGAAAGUCUUCUCAAGAGCAUCGAGGACCCAGUCAUCAGCAAGUGGAUUAUCGCUGCUUUGACCUUGAGUAUAAUUCUCAAUGGUUACCUUUUCAACGCGGCCAGAUGGAGCAUCAAGGAGCCUGAAGCUACACCCAAGGUGGAAGCCCCGAAGCCCAAGGUUUACCCGAAGAUUGAUCUGAACAACCAGGACGGUCCCAAGAGAAGUGCUGAAGAAUGCGAAAUUUUCCUGAAAGAAAAGAGAGCCGCCUUCCUGUCGGAUGAGGAACUCGUGGACCUCUCCCUGAAGGGCAAAAUUCCGGGCUAUGCUCUUGAGAAGACCAUGGAGAACGAAGAUCUCAUGAGCCGCCGUGACGCCUUUACCCGCGCAGUGAAGAUCCGUCGGUCUGUUGUGGCUAGAACGGCUACCACCUCCGAAUUCAGUGGUUCCCUGGAGACCUCGAAGCUACCCUACAAGGAUUACAAUUACACUCUGGUUCAUGGAGCCUGUUGUGAAAACGUUAUCGGUUAUCUGCCUUUGCCCCUUGGAGUUGCUGGUCCCAUGAUCAUUGAUGGUCAACAAUACUUCAUCCCUAUGGCAACUACGGAAGGUGUCUUGGUUGCCAGUACCAGUCGAGGUGCUAAGGCUAUCAACGCUGGUGGUGGUGCGGUAACUGUCCUGACUGGCGACGGUAUGACCCGUGGUCCUUGUGUCGGCUUCCCUACACUUGCACGAGCUGCAGCCGCCAAGGUCUGGUUGGAUUCAGAGGAAGGUCAGCUUGUUAUGACUACUGCUUUCAACUCAACUAGCCGCUUCGCCAGACUGCAGCACAUGAAGACUGCUCUUGCCGGUACCUACUUGUACAUCCGGUUCAAGACGACGACGGGUGAUGCCAUGGGCAUGAACAUGAUCUCCAAGGGUGUCGAGAAGGCACUCAAUGUUAUGGCUACGGAGUGUGGCUUUGAUGACAUGGCCACGAUCUCGGUUUCGGGUAACUUCUGUACGGACAAGAAGGCGGCUGCUAUUAACUGGAUUGACGGCCGUGGUAAAUCUAUUGUGGCCGAGGCUAUCAUUCCUGGUGACGUUGUCCGGAGUGUUUUGAAGAGUGAUGUCAAUGCCCUUGUCGAGUUGAACACCAGCAAGAACUUGAUCGGAAGUGCAAUGGCUGGAAGUAUUGGUGGUUUCAACGCCCACGCAUCUAACAUUGUCACUGCGAUAUUCCUCGCUACCGGUCAAGAUCCUGCUCAAAACGUGGAGAGCAGCAGCUGCAUUACUACCAUGAGAAAUCUCAACGGAAACCUCCAGAUCGCCGUCUCGAUGCCUUCCAUCGAAGUCGGAACCAUUGGAGGUGGCACCAUCCUUGAGGGGCAGUCCGCCAUGCUCGAUCUCCUCGGUGUGCGUGGGUCUCACCCGACCAACCCCGGUGACAACGCUCGCCAGCUGGCGCGCAUUGUUGGCGCGGCCGUGCUUGCUGGAGAGCUGAGCUUGUGUUCUGCCCUGGCUGCCGGCCACCUUGUCCGGGCGCACAUGGCGCACAACCGCAGCGCUGCUCCCACCCGCUCUGCCACGCCUGUUUCUGCUGCCGUCGGUGCCACCCGGGGCCUCAUCAUGACCUCGUCGAAGUGA